AUGGUCGAGAUCUUUGUUUCGAAAAUCGGAAUUGGUCGCGAUGUUUGUUUCGAAAAUCAGAGGGGCGGAGCAAUGGACAACCGGGCGCCACGUGAGGUUUGGAACAAUUUCAAGAACAAUGCCCUCUCGCCAUGCCUCGCAGAAUACGAGCAAAAGCUCAAGGGAAAAAAGCACCUCGUUGGAUCGAAGAUCUCGUUGGCUGACAUCGCACUGAUUGAGAUGCUGACGCGAUUUCAGAGCUGCUAUGACAGUUUCUACUUGGCGCAUUUUCCUGUGCUGAAGCAGUACUGUGAACGUUUCGAAACGUUACCACACAUGCGUCCUUACGUUCAGUCUCGACCAGACACCCAUUUCUAG